ACAAGGAAAAAAGCAGAACAUUAUUGUGAAAGAAAUAAAAAGUAAGCUAGUCAUUCAAAUUACUGACCCCUUUUUUUCUAUAAUUACUAUACAAUAAAUUAUUAUUGUCAAAAAGAUACAAACAAACAAUGAUGGACUUUCAUCAUUUUCCCUCUGCACCAUGCAUCCAUGCCAAGGUUCAUAAUUAAGCUCUGAAACCCACUUACCAUACCUUGUUUCCCUACCCACCCACCCCUACCCCAUUUUACCCCCCCACCCCACCUCCUCUAACACCCCUUCAAACCCAAAAUUUUCUUAAUCAAGAACAAAGCUUUUUCACUUCUUGAUUUUUGUAUGUGUAUUUUCACAUGUAUAAAUGUACUAGUGCAUGGAAACAUGAAUUAUGAAUGACAUUUUUUGUUUUCUUGAACCUUGUUUUUAGCAUCUGAAUCUCCAUCCUUCCCACCACCCACCCACAAUUCUGACACCCUCCCACCUCAUCUGCAAUAUUGAAUCUUUUUUCAUAAUUAUGUAUAUAUAAAUAGUUCUAAUGAAUGUGUAUGAGAUCUAGGCUCUCUCUCUUAAAGAAUCCAAGGUUGUAAAAUUGAGCCAAAAAAGGCUUCAGCUUUACAUCAUUCUUCUCAACCUUUUUACCUCUUUGUAAUCAAGAUCUGAACACCCUUUCACUCAUUAUGAGGAAAGAUUUGAUUUUUAUGGCAACCCUUUUCUUGGUAUAGCUCAAAGUUUGCAGAUUUUUUCUCCAAUGGGGUUUUGGUUUAGAUCUUGGGUUUGUACUAGAAAUGGUACAACUCUAGGGUUAUUGCCCUUUACCAGUAAUACCUUGAUUUGAGUGUUCUUUUUACAACCUGUGUCUGUUUUGAGUCUGUUGUUGUGUUAAAGAUUGUGAAAAUUUCACCAUGUGGAAGCAUUUUCUUAGUAGGCUUCCUAAGAAAUCACUGAAAUCUGAGUCAGUAGACUCAGGAAGAGGCAAUUCGGGCUUACACGGCCCGAAUGCAAGCUCAAAUUUGGGCCCUGGAAGGCCCAAUAGUGCUCCAAGGAGGACUUCCUCAGUUGUGUUCCCAGCAAGUGUGAUUGCUGGGAUUGAGCCUUUGAUUUCCUUCAAAGAUGUGCCUAGCUCUGAAAAGAUGAAUCUUUUUAUCAGUAAGUUAAGCCUUUGCUGUGUAGAUUUUGAUUUUAGGGACCCAACUAAGAAUGUAGCAGAAAAGGAACUUAAAAGGGCCACAUUGUUUGAGCUUUUGGAUUUUGUAUCAUCUAAUCCACCCAAAUUUUCAGAACCUGCAAUUCUUGCAAUGUGUAAAACAUGUGCUGUUAAUUUGUUUCGGGUUUUCCCUCCUAAUUAUAGGUCUAGUAAUAGCCGCCACGCCAGCGAAAAUGAUGAUGAUGAGCCUACUUUUGAUCCUGCUUGGCCUCAUUUGCAAAUUGUGUAUGAUCUGUUGCUUAAGUUUGUAACAUCUUCUUCUUUAGAAGCUAAGGUUGCAAAGAAAUAUAUAAACCAUCAGUUCAUCUUGAAAUUACUUGACUUGUUUGAUUCUGAAGAUCCAAGGGAAAGAGAUUGUUUGAAAGCUAUUUUGCAUAGGAUUUAUGGCAAGUUCAUGGUCCAUAGGCCUUUUAUAAGGAAGAGUAUAAGCAAUGUGUUUUACCGUGUUGUGUUCGAGUCUGAGAAACAUAACGGGAUCGCUGAACUGUUGGAGAUUUUUGGAAGUGUGGUUACGGGUUUUGCUCUGCCAUUGAAAGAGGAGCAUAAGAUCUUUUUGUCAAGGGCUUUGAUUCCUUUGCACAAGCCAAAAUCCCUGGGGAUUUACUUUCAACAGUUAUCAUAUUGUGUUACUCAGUUCAUAGAGAAGGAUCCCAAAUUGGCUAGCACUGUGAUUAGGGGCUUGUUGAAGUACUGGCCUGUCACUAAUACCCAAAAGGAGGUGAUGUUUUUGAGUGAGUUGGAAGAAAUUCUGGAAGUUAUUAACAUGGCUGAGUUCCAACAAGUGAUGGUUCCCUUGUUCUGGCGGAUCGGUUGCUGCAUCAAUAGUUUCCAUUUUCAGGUAGCUGAAAGGGCUCUGUUCCUUUGGAAUAAUGACCAAAUUGUGAAUUUGAUUGCACAUAACCGGCAUGUGAUUCUCCCGGUUAUAUUCCCAGCUGUGGAAACCAAUGCUGAGAACCACUGGAACCAUGCUGUGCAGAACUUGAGUUUAAAUGUAAGGAGGAUGUUCUCCGAAAUGGAUGAUGUGCUUUUCAUGGCUUGCCAUUCCCAUUACAAGGAAGAACAAGAGAAAAUAAACUUGGAUGCUGUAAAACGGAAGGAAGCAUGGGAACAGCUGGAGACUGCUGCAAGUCUACGUCCGCCUGUAGCUGGAAACAUCGCUGUCCUGGUAACGCCUUUAGCAACUUCAAUCACUUGCUAAGUGGCAACUCCACUCUAUCCUUGUCCCCGUGUUUUUGCUGUGUAUGUUCCACGCAAUUUAGGAGCCAUGGAGAAACCAGAAUGGCAUUGUAGGAUGGAAAAUGGCUGCUGUCUGGUGCACAAGGUUUUUGAAGAUCAACCCGAUGACAGCCUUAACUGUUGUAACUUAGUGCUACAACUGUGUUGCGCGUGAAGGGGGCUUGGUGUAGUGGGCUAAACUAACAUUUGUUUAUUUUUAUUUUCCUUUUUGAACAUUUUGUCAUGGCCUAUAUUUAUAGUUAUCUAAAUGGCUGAUAAUUUCAUUA